AUGUCCACACCGCGGCUGCCCUUCCUGUAUCCGAAUUUGAUGCGCGCGGUGCGAUCAUGCGAACCGAUAACAUACCGCUCACUUAGAAUCCCAUAUCGGCCCAGUCAACGCUUCCAUACGAGUCAGCAACGGGAGCGCGAUUCCUACCAGCGGCGAUAUGGUCCAGCUGUCGAACCGAAUACCACUCCUUCAUUGCGUCCAAAAAAUGGCUCUCAUGUUCAGGUCCAGGAGGUGCCAGGGGAUCCAUCGGUUGAACCUGAGGCUGUAAAUGCAUCCGAGCAGGAGGAAGCUUCCCCGGAAGGGGUACAGUCGGAACCGCCACCACAGGAAGCCGAACCGGACAUCCCAGCUUUAGAUCAACAAGCUGAAAUUGAAACUGAAACGAAGGAAGACAACCCCUCGACGGACCGGGAACCGCACGAGGAGCAGGAAGAGGGUAUAGACGGCGUUGAACAGGAGCAGGCUUCGGCUUCUUCCCCCCCUCCUUCCGAAGGCGCAGCGGAAGAAAGUACAGACACCUCUUCAUUUACAAGCCAAACUCCGUUCGAUGACGUUCUCCACAUGCCCUCGCCGUCGGUUUACCUUACUCCAACCGGGGAACCUUUCUCGUCCGAGGACCGCCCGCCACAUUUGUCCCCAGCACCGUAUGUGCACCCGUUCGACACAUACUCUCUGGUACAGGAUCUGUCCAAAGGAGGAUACAGCGAAGAGCAGUCCACCACCAUCAUGAAGGCCGUGCGGGCUAUCCUGCAGAAUAACCUCUCCCUGGCCAGGGAGAGCCUCACUUCCAAAUCCGAUGUCGAGAAUGAAGAAUACCUGUUCAAAGCAGCCUGUUCCGAGCUUCAGUCAUCGCUUCAGACAGCUCGCAACUCGGAAAUACAGCACCAGCGCUCAUCGCGUACGCAAUUGCAGCACGAAACGGAUAUCAUCUCGCAACGUAUCAGCCAGGAACUUGCAGGCAUGAAAGAUGACAUCAAGGGCAUGUUCAAUGAUCACAAGAUGACUACGCGAGAGCAGCAGCGGAGCAUCGAUACCUCGGUUCAAGAAUUAAACUACAAGAUCACCGUGUCGCUGAACAGCGAUGGAAAGAGUGAGAUUGAGGGUCUUCGAUGGAUUCUGACCAGACGCGCUGCUUUGACCAUUGCCAUUUGUGCUUUCAUGAUCAUCGUGUUCUUGAAGUAUGCUUCCACGCGCAAAGUGCCUGAGCCCAAGCAAACCAAGCAAGCGAAGAAGCCGACCGUCACCAAAGAAGCCGCCACUGAAACUCGACUGGUCCAAGAUGGUGGCAUUCAGAUAGACGGUCCGUCUGUUGAAAUGCAUCUCGGCGAAUCUCUCGGUUGA